GAUUGUCCUCCCUUCAAAAUUCUUUUUCUAGGAUGUUGUGUUUCACCCUCCUCGCUUUACUCUGUUGUGGCGUCUUUGUCAAUUCAGGAAAUAUUCAGCCACGGUCUUCUUCAUAUUCUGGAGAAUAUGGUGGGGGUGGAGGAAAGCGAUUCUCACACUCUGGCAACCAACUGGAUGGGCCUAUAACAGCCAUUAGAGUUCGAGUGAACCGCUGGUACAUUGUUGGCAUCCAGGUCCGGUAUGGGAAGGAGUGGAGCAACUAUGUAGGCGGCUCCUCAGGUGACCUGGAAGAAAUUUUCUUGCACCCAGGAGAGUCCAUCAUCCAAGCCUCUGGGAAGUACAAGAAUUACCUCCGCAAACUUGUGUUUGUCACCGACAAGCAGCGCUACUUCCCAUUUGGAAAGGACACAGGCACCAGUUUUAAUGCUGCUCCGCUCUUCCCUGGCACUGUCCUGCGUUACUUCAGUGGCCGCUCUGGUUCUGUCAUCGAUGCCAUUGGGUUCCACUGGGACAACUACCCAGUUAAUUGCCCCAGCUGUGGAAAGUGAGAGAACAGAUGAGAGAGAGGGAAGCAGACUGAUCAGUGGGGCACUUCAAGGUCUAUCCUUCCACCUUUCUCUUUGGGAUUGAUCUCCCCCUCCUUCAUGGGCUUCAACAGGUCUUUCAACCAUCCCAGGAUCCAAUAAUUCUUUUGCCAGGUGGCUUAUCUGACACCCAUUGAAAUAUUUCUCCAACCUCCCAUCCAGCAAUCUCUCCCUUUGCUCCUCUUCCAUCCCCAUGUUCAAACCUUCUCCACUCACUCAACAACCUAUUCAUCACCUCUCCCAACAUGUUUUCUGUCUCUCAUUGGUUAAUCCGCUCAGCCAGCCAACCAACCAUCUCCCUCAGCUGUGCCCCAUUACUUCACUGCUUCCAAUCCAGUCAAAUAAUGAGCAUCGCCAGAGAUGAGAAUCAGACAAUAAAAAUGUAAUUUGAAA